AUGAUACACUCCAAGGAUUGGUGGAAACCUCUCGCUAUAUUCGUCUGCUUUUUUCUUUCUCUUCCCUUUCCCGUCGAUGGACAAUCCAGCUCAAAUACCAAGGAUGUUGGAGCUCAGGCGUUUGCAUUCGAUCUUGGUGGAGUCCAAUUGACACAAGACCGCUUCCUGGAAAACCAAGGCCGGACCCUGAGAUAUUUGAAAGAAAUAGACGUCGACAGACUACUCUACGUCUUCCGGGUGACCCACGGAUUAUCCACAAAACAAGCAACGCCUAAUGGUGGCUGGGAUGCUCCGGAUUUUCCGUUCCGUUCGCAUAUCCAGGGUCAUUUCCUCAGUGCCUGGGCUCAAUGUUAUGCGGUACUCCGCGACCAAACAUGUUAUGAUCGAGCGACCUACUUUGUUGCCGAGCUGGCCAAAUGCCAGGCUAACAACAAGGCUGCUGGCUUCACGGACGGAUAUGUAUCUGGCUUUCCAGAAUCAGAGUUUGCAAAACUCGAAAACAGCACCCUGACAAACGGCAAUGUCCCGUAUUACGCGGUACACAAGACUCUUGCAGGCCUCCUUGACAUCUGGCGCUUGACAAAAGACACUAUAUCUCGAGACGUCUUACUGUCCUUAGCCAGCUGGGUCGACAAACGCACCGAACCGUUGAGUUACGAUGCAAUGCAAAAGUUGUUACAAACAGAAUUCGGCGGUAUGAAUGAAGUGAUGGCUGACCUCUACCACCAAACCGGUGACAAGAGAUGGCUUACCGUUGCCCAACGCUUUGAUCAUGGCGUUAUAUUUGACCCCCUUGCAGCCGACAUAGAUGAGUUCGACAGUCUACAUGCAAACACUCAAGUACCAAAGUGGAUUGGGGCCGCUCGCGAAUACAAAGCCACCGGACAAUCUCGCUACCUUGAUAUUGCCCGGAAUGCCUGGGAAAUAAAUGUCAAAUCGCACACGUACGCAAUCGGUGGUAACAGCCAAGCCGAACACUUCCAUGCCCCAAAUGCGAUCGCCGAUUAUCUUGACAAUGACACAUGUGAAGCAUGUAAUUCCUAUAAUAUGCUCAAGCUGACUCGCGAGCUGUGGCUCGUUGAUUCCGAGAACUCGGCAUAUUUCGACUUCUACGAAAACGCCUUACUCAACCACCUGUUGGGCCAACAGAACCCUUAUGAUCACCAUGGCCACAUCACUUACUUCACUCCUCUCAACGCCGGAGGUCGCCGUGGUGUUGGUCCCGCCUGGGGUGGCGGUACUUGGAGUACGGACUACGACUCAUUCUGGUGCUGUCAAGGAACAGCACUCGAAACGAACACAAAGUUGAUGGACUCGAUCUACUUCUACAAUGACUCCACGUUGUUUGUCAACUUGUUCAUGUCUUCUGUCCUGAAAUGGCCGGAGAUGGGUAUUACCCUGAAACAGUCUACGACUUACCCAGUCGGGGAUAAAUCGAAACUAGAAGUCUUCGGCAGUGGUCACUGGACGAUGAAUAUUCGCAUCCCUACAUGGACAUCAAGCGCAGAGCUGACGCUGAAUGGAAAAGCUGUACCUGAUGUUAAGGCUAGUCCCGGAACUUACGCUCAGAUCUCGCGUAUAUGGGCCGAUGGAGAUGUCGUUGUGAUCCGCUUUCCCAUGAGUCUGCGUACAGUGGCUGCAAAUGACAAUUCAAGUAUUGCUGCAGUUGCUUAUGGGCCAACUAUCUUGUGCGGCAAUUACGGAAACCAAACGCUGAGUAGUAUUCCUACUCUCGCCCUUGACUCUAUCAAACGCUCCGGCGCUUCUGGUCUUGACUUCAUCUCCAUCGCCGAUGGAGGACAUGUUACACUGAGCCCUUUCUAUGAUGCCCAGGGAUACAAUUAUAAUGUAUAUUGGGCUACCACAGGAAGUCUGUGA